AAUUGUGGAAAGUAGAAGACAAAAUUUUCGAAUAUGAUAUUGUUCUAUGCUUUUUUCCGUUUCCAGUCAUUGGGGAACUACCCCAACUAUGUCAAAUAGUUCUGCAAACCUCAAUUAAGCGGGGUUUUAACGGUUGAAGAGAAGUAGAAUAAGAUGGUCUCAUGCGCUACAGUGCCUUUACCUUUGAGUAGAUGUUUUCCAUUUUCUGUUGUUGCAACUACCGCUGCUACACCGACCAAGCUCUUCACGGAAUUUAGUACUCCAAGGAGGAAUCACUUUUGUUUUCCUCAUGUUGUGGAACGCUUGAAAGUAAGGAUUUGUGCGGUUGACCGAAACCGGGUUUCUUCCUUGCAACCCCGCACAAGAGCUUGGGAAGAUCCUGAUGAUGGAAGUGGAAGCGAAUAUGAUGAUGAAGAUGAGGAAAUGGAAGAAUAUGAUUUGGAUUUUGAAAGUGAUUGGGAAGAAGAAAAGGAUGCUUCCUCUACAGUUACUGGCGUCAAUAAAUCCACAGCAAGGAAGUAUGAGGCUGAUCUUGUGAAAGAGGUUGUACAGCUAUUGGGGCCAGAAGAAAGACAGAUUUUGCAACAGAAUGAUGCUCCUAACCUUGAAAAAAUAUCAACCGCAAAAUGGAGCCCACUCCAUACUCUUGCACUAUCAGGGCAGAUACAUUCCAUGGACAAGCUUCUUGCAAAUGGGCUUGAUAUUGAUAAUGUUGAUAAGGAUGGUCUCACUGCUCUUCAUAGGGCAAUUAUUGGUAAAAAGGAGGCUGUCAUUAGUCAUCUUUUAAGAAAAGGUGCAAAUCCUCAUGUCAGAGAUCGGGAUGGUGCUACUCCGCUCCAUUAUGCUGUUCAAGUUGGUGCUAUGCAGACUGUGAAAUUAUUGAUCAAGUACAACGUCGACAUUAAUGCGGCAGAUAAUGAAGGGUGGACUCCAUUGCACAUUGCCAUACAAAGUAGAAAUCGAAUUAUAGCAAAACGUUUGUUAGUCAAUGGUGCGGAUAAGACCAGAAGAAAUCAGGAUGGGAAAACACCUCUCGAUCUAAGCUUAUGUUAUGGAAAAGACUUCAAGUCUUAUGAACUUGCCAAGUUACUGAAGCUUGUACCAGCCAAUAGAGAUCUUUGACAGACAGUUCCCACUCUACAAGUUUUUGCCAUUGCAGUUUACUGGGUGAGAGCCCUCCUUGAUAAUGAAGUCAUUAUGAUUAACCUCUGAUUCAUGGCAUCUUUCGGCCUCUUUCUGAUGUGAACAACCCUCUGGAGAUGGGCAAUAUAUAUUCUGGUAUCAUUACCAGGAGAAGCAUGCUGGGGUUGCUGUCAAUGUGAAAUGUAUCGGGUUUUUUCAAUGCAUUGUACAAAUUAAAUGUCUUUUAAGCUGGGAAUGCACAGGUUAGAGAUUCAGUGGUUGUAAUUCUAGUUGGAAAUUGCAUGCAAGGGAUGAUUGUGAUUUUUGGAUGUGCCAAACUCAGUGUAACAGACUAGGUCACGGCAUUUUGCAAAAGGAAAGAAGAAACGGUGAAACUGAGAAUUCCUCCGUUUUCGGAAA